AUGACAACCAGCCACGGCAUUAGUAGCAGCAUUAAGACCCCCACUUCAACAACAACGACUACUUCUAGAACGACAUCGUCAAAGACCAGCGACAGCUCUAAUGUUGAGGGUGAUAAGAAAGGCACACUUAGCGAAUGGGCAGAAGAUGAUGCGAUCAAGAAACCUAUUCGCAAGUUGGGGCCCAAGAUGAAUCCCGUUUAUAAAACGGUCCGAGCGUUUGUAUGGGCUACAUAUUUCGUUCUGGGUGCUACAUUGAUUUCAAUGACCCAGGUGAUGGCUAUACCGUUGUCUAUCUUGGCUCCUGGAGUGUACCGUCGUCAUAUGAAGAGAACGACGGUGUAUUUUGGAGCAUUGAUGCUGAAGAUGAAUGAGUUAUUUGCUCCGUCAGAUAUUAUCUUGACAGGAGAUGAGAGUAUCCGAGAAAUUGUGAAGGUCUACCAGGGUAAACGAAUUCAUCAUCAUCAACAUCAAAAGAGCACCAGCGAUUGUAACGGGAAUGAAAACAAAGACGACGGCAAUGAAAAGUAUCAUCCGGACGAAACUCUUUUGGAUCUACCCGAUCGUCUUAUCUUUGUCGCGAACCAUCAGAUUUAUUCGGAUUGGAUCUACCUCUGGUGCUUUGCUCAUCUUGCGAAGAAGGACAGGGGAAUCAAGAUUAUUCUUCGUGGUGACUUGACCUGGAUUCCGGUCUUUGGCUGGGGUAUGCGUUUCUUUGAUUUCAUUUUCUUGAAACGUAACGACUGGGCACAUGACAAGAAGGCAAUUGAAAGUAACUUGGAGCGUCUUCGUAAGGAUGAUCCUCUUUGGCUCCUUGUCUACCCUGAAGGAACCGUUGUUUCAAGGGGAACACGUAAGCGCUCAAGCGCAUUUGCACAGAAAGCUGGUCUGAAAGAUCACCGUCAUGUUUUGUUACCCCGUACGAGCGGAAUGUUUGUGUGCCUCAACAAGUUGCGUGGAUCAGUGGAGUACGUUUACGACGCGGCUGUAGGCUAUUCAGGAGUCCACUAUGGCGAAAUUCCUCAAGAAUUGUAUCCACUGCCAGGAUUGUAUGUUGACAAGGCUCAACCCCGUGAGAUUAAUAUCCACCUUCGUCGAUUUGCGGUCAAAGACAUUCCAGAGAGCGAGCCAGAGUUUGUAGAGUGGUUACGAGCAAGAUGGCAAGAAAAGGAUGAUUUGAUGGAGAAGUUCUAUACGACUGGAAAGUUCCCAUCUCAAUUGACAGCUGAGGAUAUUGGCAUUAACAGCAAGGAAGAUCAGAAAGGGCAGAGUAUCAGGAUUCCGCUCAAGACAAAUGCGGGGUACUCGUUGCCUACAUUGAUUGUGCUUGCGCUACCUGUUCUUGCGCUUGUAAUCCGCUAUGUGCUUCAGCACACGUCAUGA